AGUCCGUCUACGUUUUUUUAAUUCGUUUUUCUAUUAAAUCUGAACUCACUGUCAAGUGUCAGCUGUGUUGUGUGGAUGUAUGUAUUCAUUGUAUUACAAAAAUUUAAGUCAUUAUUAUAUUUUUCGAUUAUGUAUUAGAAUAUCAGAUGGAUAAUCAAGCAUUAACAUCUCAUUCUGAGGAGGAAUACAAGGAAGAAGCCUUUGACCCAAUAUAUGACAUUAUUGAUUACCUUGUAAGAUGUGCAAAAGUAUCAUUUAAAAAUUCUCACGUCAAUGAAAAGGAUAUCCGAAGUGUGGAAAAAACAAAGUAUGCUUAUAAUGUCUUCAUAAAGUCUCCCACCGAUUUCCUCCUUCAAUAUGGCAAAUUUCUAUGUCCAAACCAUAUACAAUAUUUUGAAGAUAUGGAUAUUUAUGAGACAGAUGAUGUUUUUAAACAUUGUGUUUCCCACCUAAAACUUUACCACUCAGAAGAAAGUAGAAACAAAAGAGUGAGAAAUAGAAGAUAUAAAGCACUUCAAAAUUUACAAGACACUACUGAUUAUUUUAGUGAAAAACAAAUGAUGUUUAGAAAUCCCUUACUAUAUGAGCAACUUAUAGGCCAAUUUUUAACUGAUGAAGAAAUACAAAUCAGAGAUUCAGCAGACAAUGAAAACUUGACACUACUUAGUUUGAUUCUUGACACAGUAGACAGAAAUCAAAUGAGACAAACUAAGAAUGUGCAAAUGCUUUUGGAAAAUGAUGAAACAAGCUCAAGCACAACUGCACAAAAACCAUCAAAUCAGAGUUCGUCUGAGAAUAAAAGGUGGGGAGAUUUUGAUAUACCUGACACAAGAGCUGAAAUAACUCGAGAAAAAAGACAGCAGACAAUGAUAGAUGCAAAUGAAAGAAAUUUAUUGAGAGAAGAAUUUCUUCAGGAAAUGUACAGUAGUUUUAUAGAGGGAAGAGAUAUUGAUUUUGAUUACAAUAGUGUUGACAGCAAUGAUGAUUAUGAUGAUCUAGAGCAAAUAUCUCAGGAUGCAGAGGAUAAAUAUUUUGAUUCUGAGAUGAAUGAUAGUGAAACUUUGGAAGAGCAUAUGUCGUUGGUCCAGGAGUACAGCUCAAAGAAGUACUACAAUGAACAUGAUGAUCCAUUAGAUUUAUUUAUGAAACAUAUUACAAAUAAACAGAAUACUGUUAUCUAAAUAGCAUUUUUUCUAUCAAGUUGUUUUAAACUUUUAUGUAGGUAGUAACUGAAGUGUUAUCAGUUCAGAUCAUAAUUAUUUUUAAAUGCAUAACAUAAAAUUCAUUUUAAAUGUGUUAUGAAUGUUGUCAGCAGUUGUAAUAUUAUUGAUCCAACUAACCAACCUAGCUUCAGAUGCAUGAUGUAUGUAUUAUGAGCAGUAUUGUGGGCAUUAAAAGUUCUGACAGAAUA